GCGCAAUCUGUGACGCACAUUUUAGUCGACGGAGAAUCACAGUUUAUCCGUCUAAUCGGACCUAAUGGAUAGAGUUCAGUGAGAUAAACCUUUAGUUUGAAACAUAUACACUGCUUAUACUUUUACGCCGUGCAUUAAAGUUCUGCCUUGUGAGAUGAAUCUCUUUCUUUAUUCGGUCAGUAGUUUGUUUUUAACUUUAUUUCUGCGGUUAUCUCGUCUGUAAACCAGCUCUACAAGCUGCACGCUUGUAGUUUGUCCCAACAAAAUGACUCUGCCAGCUUUGCAAAACACCGGCGUGUUCUACAGGAGGAUCCUGUCACAGUUUCCUCAGGACAUCAGCUUAGCUUUUGCAUACGGAUCUGGUGUUUUCAAGCAGCAUGGAACCAGCCAAGGUCAAAUGGAGAAGAACAUGCUGGACUUUGUGUUUGCGGUGGAUGACCCGGUGACCUGGCACACCAUGAAUCUGCUCCAGAAUCGUAAACACUACUCCAUCCUCAAGCUGGUGGGGCCCACUAAGAUCAGCUCCAUACAAAAUGACCACGGAGCUUCAGUUUACUACAACACACUAGUGCCGGUUGAUGGAAGGAUCAUUAAAUAUGGGGUGAUUAGUACAGACUCACUGAUUGACGACCUCAUGCACUGGAAGACUAUGUAUGUUGCUGGACGUCUUCACAAGCCGGUGAAAAUGUUAGUGCAGAGCGAGAACGGGAAGCUCCGUGCUGCUCUGGUAUCCAAUCUGAAGAGUGCGGUGACGGCCUCCUUCCUCAUGCUCCCUGAGAGCUUCACCGAGGAAGACCUGUUCCUGCAGAUCGCUGGGCUUUCUUACGCUGGGGAUUUUAGGAUGGUGAUUGGAGAGGACAAAUCCAAGGUGGUCAAUAUUGUCAGAGACAACAUUCAGCACUUUAGGAUUCUUUACAGCAACAUCUUUCGGGAUUGCUCUCAAGUGGUCUACAAACCUGCGCAAGGAAAACUUGAGGUUGACAAAAGCCCCGAAGGCCAGUUCAUCCAGCUGAUGGCGCUGCCCCGAACUCUUCAGCAGAGGAUCACAAAGCUGGUGGAUCCUCCGGGAAAGAACCGGGACGUGGAGGAGAUCCUGCUGCAGGUGGCUCAGGACCCUGACUGUGGAGCCGUGGUGCAACAAGGUAUCUCAUCUAUUGUUAAAUCUUCCAGCAUAACACAGAGUAUCAAAGGCAUUGCAACAGCUGGCUUAUGGAAGUCCGUGUCCUACAGCUCCAAAAAACUGAUGAAGAUGUGGAAGGGCUGGAGGAGGAAGCCAUCAGUCUCACAGUUGUCCUGAUGCAGAUUACUAGGAAUCUCUUAUUCGCUAGAGAUGGCAAGAAUCGAUUAUUUAAUCUGUCCUGCAUUUUUUAAUUUUGAAAAACUGUGACUGCAGCCAUCAUACUUUAACCUUUGUAGGCCAUGUCUUGUAUCAUGUUGUGCGCAUGGUGUGGAAAUGUCUCUGCACUUGUCCUGUCCCACUAAGCUUCUGAUGGUUGCACACUAAACAGUUUUUAUUACCAGAGUCAGACUGAUAAUAGGUUUUAUAUUUAUGACACUGCUGAGAGGGCCACAGGAAAGCUUCAGCAACAUAAAUGUCACUGAACCUGCAUGAACAUAGCUCGAAACAUUUACCUCAAGAAUUUGUUUCAGUUAAGAGUCACAUUUAUGUGUUUUGUUUCUAUGUGAGUGGAAGCUGCUUAGGGUUUGAUGCCUGGCAAACACACUUGUAUGUAAUGUUACUGUUAUCACUUUGCCAAAGAUUUGAUGAAUUCAAUGUCUCUCCUUGUGUUUGUACUCAUUAAGUGCAGUUUUUGUUUUAUUUUUAUAAGAAGCUGCCUCUACUGGUUCCACAGUGUAACUGCACUAUGAAGUAAAAGUUAUUUUAAAAAAAAGUUUAUUAAACCCUUUUUUAAAACA